AUGGCUCCAGGUGCUCUGAUGGCAGACGAACCCCAGGAGGUUGUCUUCCACGCCGGGAAAGGAAAGCAGACGCGGGCCGUCCUCAGCGGUGCUGAUCUCAAGCCGACAUUUGAUCGCAUCCCGACCGUGGACUUCAAGUUGGCCUUCUCGGAUUCGCUGGCUGAUCGCCAAGCAGUCGCACGCGAGGUCAAGAGGGCCUUUACCGAGGUCGGGUUCAUGUAUGCCACCAACCAUGGCAUCAGCAGCGAUCUCCAGGACCGGACUACGGAUGCAAUCAAGCAAUUCUUCGACCAGCCCAAGAGGAGAAGAUGA